AUGUGCUUAUACAACGGACACAAGAUUGAUCCAUUAGGUUAUAUUACUGUAGAAACCAGUUACAAUAACAGUACCAAAUUGAUUAAAUAUUUUGUUGUCAAAAAUGGGGGACCGCCUAUACUAGGUAGGGAUUUCAUGACCGCCUUUAAUUUUGUGAUUACUACUAAAUUAAAUUACAUAAGAAAUGAUUCCGAAUUGCAUAAGUUAUUAAAUAAAUAUUCGGCGUUGUGGCGUGACGAGUUGGGCGCAUUUAAUAACUUUAAAGUCAGUUUGCAAUUGAAGGCGAAUGCUGUGCCUAAGUUUUUUAAGCCGCGUACUGUACCCUUUGCCCUCAGAGAUAAAGUCGAACAAGAGCUAAACCGAUUAGUGCACUUGGGUAUCCUUGUUCCUAUUAAUUAUUCUCAAUACGCCACCCCCAUUGUGCCAGUUUUAAAAGAUAAUGGCCAAGUUAAAAUCGCAGGUGAUUUUUCUAUUACAUUAAAUAAGGAUCUCAUAAUAGAAAAAUAUCCCCUGCCUCGAAUUGAAGAGGUUUUUGCCAAAAUUGGAGGGGGUGAGCACUAUAGUAAAAUUGAUUUGAAAAACGCUUACAACCAGUUCGUCCUAGAUGACGCGUCUCAGGAGCUCACGGCAAUUAAUACGCAUAAAGGACUUUUUAAAUACACUAGGUUAGUGUACGGCCUUUCUAGUGGUCCAGCCAUUUUUCAAAGGAGCAUGGAGACACUCUUAUCAGGAAUAGACGGGGUAAGCAUAUGGCUUGAUGACAUUUGUGUCACGGGCCUCGAUAGAAAUUCCCACAUGCAGCGGCUAAGUAAAGUCCUAGAUAGACUAUGUAAGGCAGGCCUACGUUUACAAAAAGACAAAUGUCAAUUUUUCAGAGAAAGCGUCAGGUAUUUGGGUUACGUGAUUAGUAAAACGGGAUUAAGGACUUGUCCGGAUAAAGUACGAGCCAUUCUUAGUGCACCGGAACCAAAUAACGUCACCGAAGUUAAAAGAUUUCUAGGAGUAGUCAACUACUAUAGAAAUUUUAUUCCAAACGCCUCUUCUGUACUGAGUCCUCUACAUGAGCUAUUACGUAAAGAUGCAAAAUGGGAAUGGGGAAAACGGCAGCGACAAAGCGUCGCAGCGAUACGGCGCGAACUGGCGUCAGAACGCGUGUUGGCUCAUUUCGAGCCAGCGGCGCAGCUGGUGCUGGCGGUGGACGCCGGCCCGACCGGUCUCGGCGCCGUACUCUCACAAAGGGCGGAGGACGGCAUCGAACGCCCGCUAGCGUAUGCAUCUCGCUCACUUACGAGCAGUAAAAGAAACUAUAGCCAGAUACAGAAGGAAGCGACGGCCAUUAUUUUCGGGGUCCGACGCUUUCAUCAAUAUUUGUACGGUCGCGAAGAUCCUUUUAUCCUGAAAACCGACCACAGACCAUUGGUAUCAAUUUUUAAUCCUAAAACAGGUAUUCCUGUUACUACUGCGCUAAGACUGCAGCGAUACUCAGUUAUAUUGUCCGCUUAUAACUAUGUCGUACAAUAUGUAUCUAGCGGAAAUAAUAUUGUGGCCGAUUAUUUCUCUCGCGCUCCUGUAAAAUGCGUCAACGAGUCGUCGAACGAUAUAGAUACAAACGAUAUAGACACUCAUUAUGCAGUUAGGUUUCUCGAUGCGUCAUCGCCGGCCACUUCGGCCCGCGACGUUGCGCAGACGACGGAGCGAGAUAGGACGAUUAAAACCGUGCUUAGGUACAUGCAACACGGGUGGCCGCGUAAAUUAAAAUGUAAAUCUAUUUUACCUUAUUUUCAUUGCAAGUCCGAUUUACAAUAUGAGAAUGGUUGUCUUUUUAGGGGACAUAGGAUUGUUAUACCACUCGGGUUGAGAGAUAGAAUGUUACGCGAGCUUCGUGACUCUCAUUUAGGAAUAACCAAAACUAAAUGUAACGCUAGAAGUAGAAUGUGGUGGCCCGGUAUUGACCGGGACAUCGAACGCUGGAUCGGAUCAUGUGCGACGUGCGCAAGCGUGCGGGCCGCCCCGCCGCGCGACCCCCCCGCGCCCUGGCCUCCCUCCACCGCGCCAUGGCAACGAGUGCACAUUGAUUACAUGACUGUAGGGCAGAGGGUAUAUCUGGUAAUCGUCGACUCCUACAGUAAAUGGAUAGAAUGUCUAUUCAUGCAUAACGGAACCUCAUCUAAUGCUUUAAUAACAAAAUUAAAAGGCGUUUUCUCUAAUUUUGGAAUACCAAAUGUUUUAGUGUCCGACAACGAUGUAAAAAUUAAUUCACUCGAGUUUCAGACAUUUUCUUCAUCGAAUGGCAUAAAAUACAUGACGUCACCCAUUUACCAUCCGCCAAGUAACGGUCAAGCUGAGAAUUCAGUAAGAACAUGUAAAAAAAUGUUAAAAUGUAUAUUAAUUGACAAUUUACCGUUGCACAAAGUUCAUGACAUGUUAUUAGGGUACCUAUUUAACUAUAGAAAUACCGUGCAUUGUACCACGGGUGAAACGCCGGCAAAGUUAAUGUUCGGCAGAAAUUUGCGGUCGCGUCUUGAUUUGAUUUUACCCUUAAAAAAUCAUAAUUCUAAUUCACUUACGGCAGCAGGGAAAAGAUCUUUUGAAAUCGGUGAUAUCGUUUGGACCCGAUAG